UCUACUCUCCAUUCUCAUAUCAUGGCGGCACCAUUGAAACGAGUCUGCCGACAGGCGACUCAAACUACCUCGAGAUGGACGGGCCCAUCAGCAUCGCGUGCGAGCCUCCCUCGAAAUGCACAAUGGCACCAAUGCCGCCCUCUUUCCCAGACCUCCCGCGCCAUGGCCCAGCAGGAGCUAGUCGAGAACGACCUGGACACCUACCUCGAAGCGCUCGACGAGAAUCUGCCUGUAGAAUCUGAGUUAUCCUCCGCAGCCCACGCCGAACUCGACCAACAUCGCGAACUCCGAGAAAUGAUGCGCCUCGCAGCAUGGGAAAUGCCAUUCCUUGCCCAACACGCCAAACCCUUCGUCCGAGCCGAGCGAACCGCAGAUAAGACACCCCUGCGUUGGCGCUACACCACUUAUUUCUCAGAAUCGCAUCCGGCGUCGCGAAAAGUGGUUGUAGAAUUCAAAGUGAAGCAUCUCGGGCUUGGACCAAAAGAGACAGAGAAACUCAAGAAAUUGGCUGGAAGCCGAUACAACCCGGAGACGAAGCAGUUCAAGAUGAGCUGCGAGAGCUUCGAGACGAUUGCGCAGAAUAAGCGAUAUCUUGCGGAUACGGUGGACAAAUUGAUUGCGGAAGCGAAAGAUUUGGAGACGGAUUCGUUUGAGGAUGUACCAUUGGACACGAGACAUCACAAAUUCAAGAAGAGGAUGCAGUUUCCGGAGGAAUGGAGGAUGACGGAAAGGAGGAGGCAUCAACUGGAUAAGGAGCGGAGGAAAGCAUUGCUGGCAGAGGGCAGGAAGGUGGAAGAAGGGCAAAUCGUGUCUGGUGCGGCUGCCAUUGAGGCUGACAGGCAAAUCAAGUUAAAACAGGCGGAGGAGGCCGUGAUGGCCGAGGCGAAGAAGCCAUUACCUGCAGGCAAAAUGGGAAAGAAGCAAAUGGGUCAGAGGGGCCGAUAGUGAGCAGAUGCAUGUCAACGGUACGGUGUAAGAAUGUGUACAGCUACUACAGAGGCUCUGAACUAUGUUUCGCGCUCACACCAUUUCAAUCCUGGACA